AUGAGUGAAUCCAUUCGACGGAGAGCACGCAAGGCCGUCAAUUCCGCGCGAGUCACCUAUAACGAGAACAAACACGUCUUAGGCAGUGAGAGGGCUGCUGUGGAGGAUCGGCUCCUUGCGCUUGAAGCGCGGUUCAAUUUGCUGAUAAACGACUACGGGGCCUCCGCCACAGAGCGUGUUUUUGAAGAGCUCAUUACAACUGCGAAGACGAUAAAACAAGGAGCAAAGUCCAGCUCUAACGAGAAGCGUAAAGCGUAUGAAUUGAAUCCUUGGAAAGCUCCAAAGGACAAAUCCAGUGCCAACACUCAGCCCAAUGAGCUGCAUCCCGUUCAUAAAGAACGUUCCUGGCACAACAAGACCAACACCCUAGAUGCAGACCAGGUCCUCAGCAUUACGCGGGAUUCGAUGAUUGGUCAGGUCACGUACAACCCCCAACAUUACUAUGACCCCCGAAACCCUGCACACACAAACAAGUCCUCUAUGUCUCAAUCACACGGCGGUCGCCGCCGUCCUGCUCAUAAGUACUCAGAAGAAGAGUUUGUCAAUAGCCGCUUGCUUCAGAAUGAGGGAGCAAUGGAUUCUUAUAAUUCUUAUUACUCAGGGCAAGCAGCACCACGGGCAGGCUCGGGCCAGCCAUCAAGUUCCAACCCUUAUCCUGCCACCCAGGCAGGCUAUUACAACUCUCAGGUCCAUGCUGGGUACUACCCAAAUACCGCAACAAGUCCCUACACCCAGCAGGGCUACCCUCCAGCCCAGUAUUACCCACCCCCCGCACCUUCGAGUCAAGCUGGUCCUUCGCAGCAACCGGGGGGGUAUCAUCCUCGAUUCAGUGGAAGCAGUGCAGACAGUGCUACUUGGACUGUGCAAGGGGAUGCGGAAGACACUUAUGAGGACCAGUGA